UAAAUUUUAUCAACAUUCUUUUUCUAAUAAUUUGCUAGAAACAUGUUAAUGUUGACAUAACUACACUAACAGCUAUACUUCAUAUACAGUAAGUGCUCUCGGAGGAAGUGAAAAGUUGAAGUGGAGGAUACAUCCCCGCGAUCUCCGCCGUGUGCAAAGCGAUUGAUGCAAAAAUUGUAUAUUAAAAUUUUAAUUGAAAAAUUUAGAAUAUCCUUUUAGAAACCUUUGAGCAGUAUGAGAAUAAACCGUUACCUUUAAUUAAUGCGAACAUUUUCAACAGUUAAUUUCCUUGCUGCUAAAAGGUUUUCAUAGUGUUUAUUUUAUGAUAUUGACGAUAUCUGCAUUAAAUUAGUGACGUUUAAUAUAAUCGAUUGUCAUAUCUUUUAUUUAUUUAUUUAUUUAUACGUAAUUUAACAGAAAGCAUUUUUCACUUAUAUGCUACAAAAAAAUUGUUAAUAAUAAUUUUUGUUACUAUCAUUGAUAUAUUUUAUUGACUAAGUGUUACAAAAUAAACGUAUCUGUUUUUGUAUAAUAGAUGGUACUGGGUGGUGAUUGUUAUUGUAAACUGAAGCGAUUUGGAGAAAAACAGAUACAAGAAUAAUAUAGCGUCUGUGUAGUUGUUCACACACAAAAAGUUUCAUUACAAAAGAUAUGCAGGCCAUUACAGUACAAGAUCGCUUAACCUUUAAAAUCCUACAGAGCAUAUAUAUAGCUGAUCGCCGGAAACCGAUCACCGGCUUGAUGCUUUAAUUAUUUAAAUGUCUUACAGGGCGUGCCCUUGACGAAAAUAACUUCUAGAAGCGUCUAGACCAGCUGUUCUUAACCUUUUUGUUCCAUGGACCCCUUUUGAAGUCAGAUUCUUUGGGAGGAAAAUUUAGUUACAUCAAAAGAAAACAAUGUAACUUUAGGUGACACAUUUUAUCCCGUAAUCUAUUCUAUGCCAAGAAACGAAACGGAUAUUUCUAGCAAUGAACACGAAAAAUUAGUUAUUAUUAAGACGAGAAAGGCUGUAUAUUAUGUGGAGUUAUAUCCGAACUAUAAUCUUUUGUCAAAUAAUUUUGAAGAAUCCGACAUUUUUAAUCAUUCCAACGCUCCUUGCCUAUUUCAAGGGCCAAUUGUAUCUCACAAAGGAGGAAUGGCCGCCAUUUCUAUUUGUCAUGGAGAUGGAAUCUUGCAUGGAACAUUGAUGUUAACCGAAGAAACUUAUUUCAUCAAGCCUCUUUCUGUAGUAAGAACAGAUAUAAAAUUAUCAGCAAACCAAAAGAAUCCUAUUCCUCAUAUAUUGUCAAAAGUUUUACGAACUGAAACAGAUAUAUGUGGAAGUAAUGAAUCUGGAAGAGAAAUAAUAACAAAAAAUAAAAUUUUAAAUAGAAAUAAAAGAUCAGUGAAGAAAUAUACAAUAGAAACAGCUGUUUUCAUUGAUGAAAAGCUAAAACAUCAUUAUACAGAGAAAUCAUUCAAAACUAAUGCUGUUGUAUUAAGUAUAUUAAAUCAGAUGCAACUCGUCUUCAAAUAUGGAAGUUUAAAUUUUCCAAUACGUAUCACGAUAGUUGAAUUAAAUAAGUUGAACUAUCGCAAGCAAAUUUCAAGAAAAGUUGAUGCAGGAAAAUAUUUAAAAGAGUUUUGUAAAUGGCAAAAUGACAAAAAGAAGGAAAGUAAUACGAAAUGGGAUCUUGCAAUUCUAUUAACUGGCAAUAAAAAUGACGAAGAAUAAAGGAAUCUGUAUUUUAACGAAUUAAAAAUGUAAAAUCUUCAAAAUAACUUUUUAGAUUUAAAUGAUUAUGUACAUACUGAAUUUAGACUGACUUGUGAGAGCUUUUAUAUUAUUAUGAAAGAUUCAAGCUAUUAAAAAUGUCAUAGACCACUACAUCGUUAGCAAAAAUUUAGGUAAUUUAAUUCAUAAUACUUAAUAAUAUAAUUAAAUUUGUUUAUUUA